CACACUCCUCCAGAGUUACUGAAGCUGUUUGGGGGCCUCCCAAUGUAUGUGACACAUUUGAUGUCAGGGAGGGCUUUCCCAUAAUGACUCCUUUGUGACACUGUCAGAAACACAGGGCUGGAGAGACCAACUGCUUUCACUGGGCCAGAUCAGCCAGAAGGCCUGGAGGGCCUCCAAGUAGUUGGGCAUGAAGUGUGUUCUAUGCUGACCCAAGUCUCCUUGGUGUCCUAUCUGAGAUACCGGAUCGCUGGACGUAAUCAGGUCAAUAUGCUGGUUCUGAUGAGUAUCUUUCAAGAUGUCAGCCGUGAAGGACAAAGCUCUGGUGAAGAUGGAAUUGCUGUCCAUGGUGAUCGGCAUAGACAAGCUACGGACCAAUAACAAAAACAACGAUGAGUACCAGCUACUCCCUAAUAGUAAGACUGUUCAGCAGGCCCUGAAAACCUUGAAGGAGGUGGGCAAUGAAGUUCUGUACAAACUGAUGGAAGACUACUUUAUGAACUACUUGAGAAAUGGGAUCCCUGGUGGCAUUCAGAAAGAACCCAAGCCUGGAGACCUGCUAGAGAUUUUCCGAACCAACUAUUCUUACUGGGCUGUUUAUGUGGGCUAUGGUUGUGUUGUCCACCUGGCUCCUCCACACCAACAUGCUAAUGUUGGUGUAGGCACCAAGAAGUCAGCCUGGAAGGAUAUAGCCCUGGUGAAGAUGGAGCGGCUCUCUGUGGUGGCCGGGAAUGACAAAUACCAAGUCAAUAACAAACACGAUGACAAAUACCAACCAUUACCACCCAAUAAGAUUGUCCAAAGGGCUUUCAAAGAGGUGGGCAAUGAAAUAUUUUACAAACUGAUCCAGGAGUACUUCCUGACCUACCUGAGAUAUGGGAUACCUGGAGGCAAUCAGCAAGAGCCCAAGCCUGGAGACCUGAUUGAAAUAUUCCGAAGAGGCUAUUCUCAUUGGGCUGUUUAUGUGGGCUAUGGUUGUGUUGUCCACCUGGCCCCUCCACUCAUUGCCGAUAUUGCACCACUUAAGAGAGAACUGCUCUAUGUGAUGGUUGGAAGCAACAGGUACCAAGUCAAUAACAAGUAUGACGACAGUGACCCACCACUGCCACCCAGCCAGAUUGUGCAUCGAGCCUUGAAAUUGGUGGGGAAAAUGGUUCCCUACAACCUCCUCAAUAAUAACUGUGAACACUUUGCAACCCGACUGAGAUCUGGAGUCCCUCGCAGUGAUCAGAUCAGAAAUGCUCUCCUGAAAUUACCGGGUUUGGCAGUCAAUCUCAUGGAACUCAUGCAAUGAGAAACUAACUUCAAGAGAGAGGAAAACCAAAUGAUGAAAAUAAAAUUCAUGAACAAAGCGAACACACGUCAGAGAGAAAAGAAAAAGAAUGGUCAGAACCUCCUGUGCCCAGUUAUGUUCUAGCAAAGCCAAGAUUUUAAGGAAAUGUGGAUGGUUACCUCCAAAAAUCUAAAACACCCACAUUAACCAAACAAGAACUAGAGAUCUUAAACAGCCCGAUAUCAUACAAUGAAACUGAAGAAACUAUAAAGGAAUUGCUAAACGAAAAAGUCCCCAAGCCCUGGUCCAGAUAGAUUUAUAAGUGAAAUUUAUCAAAUGUUUAAAGAGAAAUGAACAUUUAUACAAAAAUUACUAUCAGUAAUUGAGAAAGUACCCUCAGAUAAAGAUAAAUAUGGUCCUGAUACUGAAACCUGGGAAGGCUAAGCAGAAAAAGAAGGCCCAAUGUCACUACUGAAUAUUGAUGAAAAAUUGUUACAUAAGAUCACAAUAGAAUGGGGGGUGGGGGAGGGACUGACUGGGGGGAAACCACCCUGACUAACUUGUUAGGUGCCACAGUAGAGUUCUGGAUCUGGAAUCAGGAAGACUUGAGUUCAAAUCCAGCCUCAGACACAUACUUGCUGCGUGACU